GUCGGGGUUCUUGUCCGGGGGUCCCUCUUGCCAUCCGCAGCCAGGUGGUUCCACUGUCACGGCUUGAGCAUUGCCGGACCGUCACAUUCAUUUCAUCAAGGGCAGUCUUGGCCGUCGUCACCUCACAAUGGCAGACUUUCUUCAAGCCAGUGUCGUCAUCCCGUGUUUUCGACAUUGGAUCAUAUUAUCGAUGUUGCUCGCUGUCUGGUUGGCGGCGUGUUUGGAGCUUCAACUUUAUCCUGACAACGAAUCAAAAGACCGCCAAUUCAACCCGUCGAAAGACUUCACACCUCCCCUUUCCGUUCUUUCACUGGCUACUACUCCAUAUCCAUCUCCAGAACUGAGGAGACCAUAUGCCAUGCAGCCUCCUUUCGGAAGGUUGGACAACAGACAAAACCCUUGCCCUCAGGUCUCGUGCCCGUCAAUUGUGUCUCGACUUCGCCGAAUUUGUCGUGGUUUGGAUUGUUGGAGAACGUGAAAUGGAAAAGAUCGGAAUCCGGGGUUCAGGAUCGCGAUGAAUGACCUCGGUCCGACAUGACACCACCUCACCGCUCAAUAUCGGCGACACUCAUCGUGAUGAUGGUUUCCAGGAUGACUACGGCUUUGGCGUAUAUGAUAUAAAGCCGGACCCUCGUUGUCACCCUUGGCCA